GUUUCCCACUCCAGUGGCGUGUGCGCGUUGCGCAGGGUGCGUGCGAGCGAGCAAGCUGGCGUUUCAACCGGCGGCCGGGCCCGGGCCGUUCUCGGCGUGCCAAGCUCCGGGGGGCAUGGCGGCCUACCACCACCUCAAGGCACCCGCGGCGGCGUACUCCGUCAACGGCAUCGGACUCCACCACGGCUCGCCCGGAGUCGAUCUGCUCCACCCUGGAUACCCCGGGCACCCGCCGAUUCGACUGGACAAGUACCGGGACGAGUGGGACUCUCAGAUGAUCGAAGAAGUCUGGUACGGAUCGUCCGGCUGCCCAACGUCAGGACCGGCGCCCCGCAAGCAGCGUCGUGAGAGGACGACGUUUACGCGUGCUCAGCUGGACGUGCUGGAGGCCCUGUUCAGCAAGACGCGCUACCCGGACAUCUUCAUGAGGGAGGAGGUGGCCCUCAAAAUCAACCUGCCGGAGUCCAGGGUCCAGGUGUGGUUCAAGAACCGGCGGGCCAAGUGUCGGCAGCAGCAACAGCAGCAGCAGAACGGAUCCUCCAAACCCCGUCCCAAGAAGGCGAAAAGCCCGGCGCCAUCGACGAGUCCGACCUCCUCGAGCCGGGGCGAAUCGCCCUACAAGCCGCCAGCACUAGUGGCGCCCCUCCCGUCAUCGUCGACGGCCUCCCCGCUCCAACAACAAGCCGCCUCGUCCAUCUGGAGCCCCGCAGCCAUCGGACCUGCCGUGGCCGAACUCAUGUCGGGCGCCCAGAGGUCCUCGUACCACCACCACCACCAUCAGCACCACGGACCCCACCAGCAGCAGCAGGCGUCGUCCUCGGCCCAGGGCGGUCCAGGACAGGGACAGCAGCAAGUCCAACUUCAGAGCGGCUGUUACGGCACGAGCCAGUACCCGUCUCCCUACUACGGUGGCAUGGACUAUCUGGGUGGUCCCGUGCACGGGCCCGUGCACGCGCCCCUGCACGGGCAACCCGGCGAGAGGCCUCCGCUGAGCGCGCGGACGCCUCCCGCGCCGCCGCCGGACUGCAGUCUCGAGUACAGCGCGGACAAGGCGACGGCCGCCUGGAAGUUCCAGGUGCUUUGAGUGCGCGCGCGCGGGACCGUCGGCGACUGCUUUCCUUCCUCAGACAUCCGUGGGUGCCCCCGGCCGCUAUUUAUUCCUGGGACGACGCUUUUUGUGUGAUAUACGGAACGACAGUGGGUGCCCGACAAUCGCUCUGUACAUAGGACCUUUUGUAGAUGUUUCUUCGGUUCGCCCCGCGGACGCGGUCGCCCUUCUGCGCCGCCGGUGGACGGUGAAAUAAAGGCCGCUCUCCGGGGCUGCUCGGA